UGCCCAAUUGUCACCAAGUGCAAAGAGCCCCUCGCUUGGUCUAUAUCCCCCUCCAAGGUCAAAGACCAAAGCAGAUCUUCUCUCUAUUCACUCAUCCCGGCAGAGAUUCGAGAUUUGAUCUUUACCUUCGCUCUCCAAGACACAACAUCCUGUCCCAUAGACCGCGAGCCUGCAACACCCAACGAUCCAGGGAUCCGUCGAGAUCGCUAUUUCCACCGUGGAAGCUGGCGAAAAGCCUUUUUCUAUCCGUCCGACAUCGCCUUCAACCUCCUCCUGACAUGCAAAGCGGUGUAUCUGGAGACAUACGACAAGCCGCUGCGUGUAAACCCCUUUAUCAUCACCGAACUCACCGACCAGGUCAAAAGGCAUCUCUUACUGCCCUGGCAAUUCGCACAGAUAACGCGACUGGAUAUUAAACUCCCACAAAUGAGUCUGGAAAACGGAGGGCUAAGAAACGCAUUGAAAAAGUGGGAAGCACAGGCUCGACAUGAAAAUUGCUACGUUGUUCCCCGGCAAGCUCUUAUCCUCCAGGAUUUUGAUGACAGCAAGACUGGAGACUACCCCAUUUCCUUUGACAACGUCCUCAUACCUGCUAUUACAAAUACACCCAAAAAACGACCCCAGCCCAUCAAUGACGUGCUAAGUCACGCAUUCGUCAAAGAGAUUAGCGCGCAGCCUUGUUCAUCCAGCUCGCGCGUUUGCCUUGCGGGCAAGAUAACUCAUCUUACUCUACGCCUCACAGCUCAAGACUGGUGGACAUGGACCGAUGACCCAGCCUCC